AUGUCCGAAUUCAAGGUACCGCAUAAGAGGUAUCGAAGGGACAAUGAUGCAGAAUCCAAUUCCGAUGAUGAAUAUGUACCAUAUGUGCCCGUCAGAGAACGGAAAAAACAAGAGUUACUCAAAUUAGGUAGACUCUCAAAGCUUAAAGAAGAGUCUGGAAAAGUUAAAACAUCUAGUGAGGAAUUAGAUGAUGACGAAACUGAAGGACAAGUAUGGGGUAGGAAAUCAAACAUUAGUCUUUUGGAUCAACAUACAGAACUUAAGAAACUUGCCGAAGCAAAAAAAGAAAGUGAAAUGGAAAAACAAUUAAAAGAAGAAGAAAAAAUUUUGGAAAGCGUUGCAGAAAAAAAAGCCUUGAUGGGUGUGGCUGAGUUGGCCAAAGGCAUCCAAUAUGAUGAACCAAUUAAAACAAGUUGGACAGCUCCUCGAUAUAUUUUAGCCAUGACAGAAGAACGCCAUGAAAAUGUACGUCUUAAAUUACGUAUACUAGUUGAAGGUGAAGAAAUUCCUCCUCCUCUCAAAUCGUUUAGAGAAAUGAAAUUAAACAAGGGUAUUAUGGCUGGACUUUCUCAAAAAGGUAUUAAAAAACCAACACCAAUUCAAAUCCAAGGAAUUCCCACUGUAUUAUCUGGAAGAGAUAUGAUUGGUAUAGCAUUUACCGGUAGUGGUAAAACAUUAGUUUUUGUACUGCCACUUUUGAUGUUUUGUCUAGAACAAGAAAUAAAAUUACCGUUCAAGCCUAAUGAAGGACCUUAUGGAUUAAUAAUUUGUCCAUCUAGAGAAUUAGCAAAACAAACAUUUGAUAUUAUUAAUCACUAUAUGACAUUUCUGGAGCGAUCCAAUUACCCAAGACUAAGAUCAUGUUUAGCUAUAGGAGGCAUACCUGUUUUUGAAUCACUAGAUGUUAUUAAAAGAGGUGUGCACAUAAUGGUAGCAACUCCUGGUCGACUAAUGGAUAUGUUAGAUAAGAAAAUGAUAAAUUUGGAAGUUUGUCGCUACCUUUGUAUGGAUGAAGCUGAUAGAAUGAUUGAUAUGGGUUUUGAAGAAGAUGUGAGAACUAUAUUUUCAUUUUUUCAAGGUCAGAGACAGACAUUGUUGUUUUCAGCCACUAUGCCAAAAAAAAUUCAAAAUUUUGCUCGAUCAGCCCUAGUCAAACCAAUUACCAUCAAUGUUGGUAGAGCAGGUGCAGCAUCUAUGAAUGUCAUUCAAGAAGUAGAGUAUGUCAAACAAGAAGCAAAAGUUGUUUAUUUGCUAGAAUGUUUAAAAAAAACAACCCCACCAGUUUUAAUUUUUGCUGAAAAAAAACAAGACGUUGAUGCAAUACAUGAAUAUUUAUUACUCAAAGGAGUUGAAGCUGUGGCUAUACACGGAGGAAAAGAUCAAGAGGAACGUUCAAAAUCUGUCGAUGCGUUUAGGAAAGGCCAAAAAGACGUGCUUGUUGCUACUGAUGUAGCUUCAAAAGGUUUAGAUUUUGAAGAAAUACAGCAUGUAAUCAACUAUGAUAUGCCUGAUGAUGUAGAAAACUAUGUACACAGAAUUGGUAGAACUGGUCGUUCGGGUAAAACUGGUAUAGCUACAACAUUUAUCAACAAAGCAAAUGAUGAAUCUGUACUGUUAGAUUUAAAGCAUUUGUUAAUAGAAGCUCGUCAAAAUGUUCCAUUAUUUUUGUCCGAGUUGGAAUCAGAAAAUGAAAAAUACUUGCAACUUGGAGAUGAAAGAGGUUGCAGUUAUUGUGGUGGUUUGGGCCACAGGAUUACAGACUGUCCUAAAUUAGAAGCAAUACAAACCAAACAAGCAUCUAAUAUUGGCCGUAGGGAUUAUCUGGCAACUAGUGCAGCAGAUUAUUAG